AUUAUUUUGAUUCACAGGCAAUGUUAACAGAUAGGCAACAAUGACUUGCAAGAAUACAGCAUUUAUCUUGCUAUUAUUCUCAUUUAGUGGUAUCCUCAGCACCACAACUGAUACCUAUAGCAUUGUUGUACUUUACCUUCACUACAUUUGAUAACAAUUCACAAUUUAUAAAUGUCAAGAAUACAAAAACUGAAGCAACAGCAUGAACCAGUGAACUCCUGAAAAUGAAAAUGGUUCUCUCCCAGAGGCAAAGAGAGGAAUUAAACAAGGCCAUUGCUGAUUACUUGAGCAGCAAUGGCUACACUGACUCACUGGAGGCAUUCAAAAGGGAGACAGACAUGCCUGGUGAAGUGGAAAAGAAAUACAAUGGCAUCCUGGAGAAAAAGUGGACUGCUGUGCUUCGCCUCCAGAAAAGGAACAUGGAGCUGGAGGCGAAGCUGGCCGACUGUGAGCGAGAGUACCUGUCCGGUGCGCCGACACGAGAGAAACGAUCCCCUGCCGAGUGGAUCCCGCGGCCGCCCGAGAGGUACUCGCUCACCGGACACCGCGCGCCCAUCACUAAAGUGCUGCUCCACCCGCUCUACAGUCUGGUGGUGUCUGCCAGUGAGGACGCUACCAUCAAGGUCUGGGACUUUGAGACGGGCGACUACGAGCGCACGCUGAAGGGUCACACGGACAGCGUCCAGGACCUGGCCUUUGACCACACGGGUAGCUUCCUCGUGUCGUGUAGUGCCGACAUGUCCAUCAAGCUGUGGAGCUUCUCUGGCCACUACGAGUGCCUGAAGACAAUGCACGGCCACGACCACAACGUCUCCAGUGUGACGUUCACCCCGGCGGGGGACUUUAUCCUCAGUUCGUCACGCGACAAGGCCAUCAAAAUGUGGGAGGUGGCCACCGGGUACUGUGUGCGCACGUUCACCGGCCACCGGGAGUGGGUGCGGAUGGUGCGGGUGCACCCGGACGGACAGCUGAUGGCCUCGUGCUCCAACGACCAGACCGUGCGCGUCUGGGUGCUCAACACCAAGGAGUGUAAGAUGGAGCUCCGUGAGCACGAGCACGUGGUCGAGUGCCUGGCCUGGGCGCCGGCCUCAGCGGUCCCUCAGAUCACGGAGGCGGCCGGCGGCGACAACAAGCACUCUGCGCAUCAGGGUCCCUUCCUGGCCUCCGGAUCCCGCGACAAGACCAUCAAGAUCUGGGACGUCGGCACGGGCCAGUGUCUGAUCACUCUGAUCGGCCACGAUAACUGGGUGCGCGGCCUGGUGUUCCACCCGGGCGGACAGUACCUGCUCUCGGCCUCCGAUGACAAGACCGUCCGCAUCUGGAGCAUCAAGAACAAACGGUGCCACCGUACGCUGGAGGCGCACCCGCACUUCUGCAGCUCCAUAGACAUGCACCCGAACGCGCCGUACGUGGUGACGGGCAGCGUCGACCAGACGGUCAAAGUGUGGGAGUGCCGCUAGGCGCCGUCCCGGGCCCGGCGCGCGGGCCGCUCCUCGCUAUUUAACUGUCGAUAGCCGCUAGACGUAUUAUGCCGACGCGCGAUGUCCGGGCGGCCCGCUUCCUGCGCGCACUGAGUGGGCGAGGCUGCGGAACACAGCUGAUCUGAACAGAGGUGCAGAAAUCGACCGAACGACGGUGUACGCGGUUUGGGAAAUCACAGAGGAUCUAGCUAUUUUGUUCAUAAUGGUUCUUGGGUUUAUCGUCUUGCUAGAGAUAUAUUUUCAGUGAUAGUUUGUCUUGUAAAAUCACGUUUGUUUUAUCGUAUCUUUCUGUCAGUUCUGUCACCUCUGACCGUUGUGUAGUGAGCGCGCGUCCGAGCCGAACCGUCUGGCGCGCCGUUAAUCUGUGAUUGUCGCCGCUGGAAGAGCAGCCUGGCCGAUGUCUCCGCGCUGUCGGAGAGAGAGGGCCGCCCACCGGGAGCAGAGAGAGUCGGGAGAGGGAAGUAGUCACACCCUGUCGUCGCUUCGCGGUGCUUCGAGUGCCGUGCCGUGCCUGGUCGUUGGUAUGUGUUGCGCUGCGCUCUGCCGGCUGGCGUUAUGUUUUGUUGGGGCCGGCGCUGAGGGCGGUCGUGUCACUGAUUGUUGUGGGGUGGUCCACCUGAGGUGACCCGGGUGGGCGAGAUGUGAUGGGUGCGCGGUGACCGCUGAAAAAUACACGGGGAAGUCCCACGGAGGGAAGCCAGUCCGCGGCGCGGAGAGGCCCACUGGAUUUUCCGAGCCCCGCGGUGUCGCGGUGGCCUCGCUCGGUGUGGAUUUUCCACCGCAUCUCACGGGGUGGUCUGGUGCCGCGGCCCGUCCCCUGCCCCGCUGACCGGCUGCCCUCCGCCUCCGGUACGCACCGCUCGCGACUGGUUCAGUGUCCACACACCCCCGGGGAACGGAGCGGCCCACGGUACUGCGCCGUUUGUGAGGUCACAGGGAGGGAGCGGGGUCAUAUGUGUGCGCCGUGUCUCUGAGUUCGUGAUAUUACCCGGCGCGCGGUAUCAAACGGAUGUGUACGACACUGGUGAUGUGUUAUCGAUCCGGCCUAUGUAAACGGUACAUCGAAACGAUUAUUUCGGCAUCUUGUGGGAAUCGCGCUCUUCAGAUAGACAAAUCGUAUAUGUGUGUUUCCGGCUUUGUAACUUCGAACCGUCGAAAACCAAUGUGUCUAGUGAGCUGCGCUGUGGCGCCGCGUCAGCUACGGCCCCACGUUCUGUUCGUUUCGCCUGGCGCCGCUGCCCGUGAUCUUUAUUUGACCGGCGAUGUCUGUAUCAUGAUAUUCUUAUGUGUAAAUAACACGACUGCUAACC